CCCCUCGCAUCUUCCCUUCUUCCCGUCAAACCCACGCUUCUCUCCCUCUUUCAUCACAACAAAACUAUAAAACAAACUCCACAGUCCACACUCUUUCCACCCAUUUUUUCCAAUUUAUCACCAUUUUUUGUUCACCAAUGGAAUUUAAAGCUCUGUUCGCGUCCGCUAUUGUUGUCACCUUCACCCUCAGCCCUUCUUCCUCCUCUUGUCGCUGCUCAUCCUGUCAUUGUCGUUGUUAUUGAUUUCUGGUUUUCGAACUUCCUUGAUUUUGAUCGCUGAACAGAAGGGCAAAAUCCACCACCGCCGUCGCCGUGCCUUUUCAAAUUGGGCAUUUUUUUUCUGCUGAAAGUUGUGUGAGUAUGGACCUGACGCAGCCUCUGCCGAACAACGGCCUCUCGCUAGGGUUCCUCUCCCACGUCUCCUCGUCGCCGCCGCCGCCGCUGAAUCGCGGCCACACCUCGAAGAUCGCCGACGACUCGAUCUCCUUCCAGAUCGAGUCCCGAUGUCGUGAUCGCGACCCCUCGCCCCCAAUUCCGCUUCAGCUGAUGGACAACCAGAUGGAGAAUCAACGCCGUGACCUCCGCGGCCGGAAUAACUCGAUCGAGGACAAGAAUUGCAAGGAGGAAGACGAGAGAUUCGAGGAGUUUCGGAUCCUGGGUCACCCCAUGACCCUGAAGCGCAAGCGCGACUCAGAGUCGACCUCGUCCUCGCCGCCCUCGAUUGGAUUUAGGGUUCCUUGCGACGAGAUGGAAUCAAGCAGGAAUUCAGUCCGGGCAUGGGGAAAUCAGAGCUUGAGAAAUGCCGACCCAGCUAUAUUCGAGAUAAUGGAGAAGGAGAAGGAGAGGCAGUUCAAAGGGAUUGAACUGAUUGCCUCUGAAAAUUAUGUCUGCAAAGCGGUAAUGGAGGCCCUGGGCAGCCACCUGACAAAUAAGUACUCUGAGGGAGUGCCUGGCGCCAGAUACUAUGGCGGGAAUCAGUACAUUGACGAGAUCGAGACUCUGUGUCGAGAUAGGGCCUUGGCUGCUUUCGGGCUGGACCCCGAAAGCUGGGGUGUAAAUGUACAACCUUAUUCGUGUACAUCUGCUAAUUUCGCAGUGUAUACAGGGCUUUUGCUGCCAGGUGAUCGGAUUAUGGGGCUCGACACGCCUUCUGGUGGGAACACGAGCCAUGGGUGUUAUUUGCCGAAUGGUAGGAAAGUGUCAGGAGCAUCGAUCUUUUUCGAGAGUUUGCCAUAUAAGGUGAACCCUCAGACUGGGCAUGUGGACUAUGACAAGCUUGAGGAGAAGGCAUUGGAUUUUCGGCCCAAGAUAUUGAUAUGUGGUGGGAGCUCAUACCCUCGGGAGUGGGAUUAUGGGAGGUUUAGGCAGAUAGCGGAUAAGUGUGGUGCGGUGUUGUUGUGUGACAUGGCUCAGAUUAGCGGUCUUGUAGCUGCAAAGGAGUGCGUCAGCCCUUUCGAAUAUUGUGACAUAGUUACGUCCACAACCCAUAAAAGUCUACGGGGUCCGAGGGGAGGUAUUAUUUUCUACAGGAGGGGCCCAAAAUUGAGGCGAAGGGGUGUGCUUUUAAAUUCUGGCGAUGGCGGUGAUAGAUACGAUUUCGAGGAGAAGAUAAACUUUGCGGUUUUCCCUGCUCUCCAAGGUGGACCCCACAACAACCACAUUGCUGCCCUUGCUAUAGCACUGAAGGAAGUGGCUUCCCCUGAGUACAAGACAUACAUGCAGCAAGUGAAGAAAAAUGCCCAGGCUCUGGCAUCUGCUUUGCUGAGGAGGAACUGCAGGCUGAUAACUGGGGGCACAGAUAAUCAUAUGCUGCUUUGGGAUCUAAGGAAUCUUGGAUUAACAGGUAAAAAUUUCGAGAAGGUUUGUGAGAUGUGUCACAUCACUCUUAAUAAAGUCACCACUUUCGACGACAAUGGAAAUAUCACCCCAGGUGGCGUAAGGAUUGGUACACCUGCAAUGACGUCAAGAGGCUGUCUGGAGGCUGAUUUUGAAGUUAUGGCUGACUUUCUACUUCGAGCUGCACAAAUCGCGAGCUCAGUGCAAAAGGAACAUGGAAAGCUACCAAAAUCUUUUCUCAAGGGGCUCGAAAAUAACAAAGAAAUAGUUGAGUUACGAGCACGAGUGGAAAACUUUGCUUCUCAAUUUGUUUUGCCGGGUUUUGAUGGGUAAUCUGUAUCACCGUUGCUUCACUGGUCCAAGUUUCAUGCCUCAGCCCGACCUUUGCUGUCUAUAAUGACAUAGCAUUUUUUUUCCUUUAUAAUUUGUGUCUCUAUAUUUUCCUGCCAAACACUGAUAGGAUUGAGAAUCAGGUUUUAUUAUUAUUAUGAUGAUUAGUGCUAGAACACUUUACAUAUUACAUAAGUUUAGAUAUUUUUUGGUGAUUACAUAUGAAGAUUGUGCUAAACUAUACUUUUCUGAUUUGUUCCUUUAUUGAAGGUUAGCUGCUUAGUUUUAUUUUCUCAUUAUGAAGUCUCCUUGUUCUUGCUGUGACA